AAAAAACUUUUUGUUACGUUGUAAAUUAAUUCAAAUCGAAUCAAAUUUUCGUUUGUUUUCUAAAUUUUUUCAUUAUAAAAGAACCAUUCAACGAUAUUAAAAAAGCUUUUUUUAAAAAAAAGAAUUUUUUUUUUAUAAUUCAUACAAAUUCGUCUAAUUAAAGUUUACUGUAUGUCUUCUACAACUAAUAUUCAAAAUCCUCUUAACCUCCGAAAUUUCGAUCCAUUCGCUGAUGCGUUUAGAGGUGAUGAUACUGGUACUCAAGACGGUCUAAUCCAUAUACGGAUUCAACAACGAAGUGGCCGUAAAACAUUAACUACCGUACAAGGUAUUGCUGACAAUUUCGAUAAAAAGAAAAUUGUUAAAGCAUGUAAAAAGGAAUUUGCCUGUAACGGCACAGUUGUCGAUCAUCCAGAAUAUGGUGAAGUAAUCCAAUUACAAGGCGAUCAACGUAACAAUAUUGUUGAAUUUUUGACUAAAAUUGGUAUUGCUAAAUCGGAACAAUUGAAAGUUCAUGGUUUUUAAAAAAAAACUUCAAACUAUCAACAAACCUUAAAAUAAUAAAGAUUGCCUGAUUGAAA